AUGAGUUCCUCAAGGUCUUCGUCAAAGGCUGUAGUUUUUGAAGUAGGACCGAAUUAUACGGAUUUUAAGACCAUUGGAGAAGGAGCGUAUGGGAUCGUUUGCUCAGCUAUUGAUGUCCGUACCGGUGAUAGAGUUGCCAUUAAAAAGUCCACUCCGUUUGAACAUCAAACUUUCUGCCAACGUACUUAUCGGGAAGUGAAAAUUUUGCUCCGUUUCAAACAUGAAAAUAUUAUUGAUAUUAGAGACGUUAUUCUUGCUGGAAACACUCUGGAUACUAUGAAAGAUGUUUACAUUGUUCAGACUUGCAUGGAUACUGAUUUGUAUCGUCUUCUUAAGAGUCAGGCUAUUUCUAAUGACCACAUUUGUUAUUUCCUUUAUCAAAUUCUUCGAGGUCUCAAAUAUAUUCACUCCGCCAAUGUCAUUCAUCGCGAUCUUAAACCUUCCAAUCUUCUCAUUAAUGCUUCUUGUGACCUUAAAGUGAGUUUUUUAUUUUCAUUUAAUAUUUUUAAUCGUGGAUAUCUGAUAUAUUGCAUUGGAAGUUGA